AUGAAGCAUAUCAAUUGCAGUGGGACUAGGACAGAGGUCAGCAGAAGCACAUCAUCAAACCCUCCAAACGCUCAGGCCUUUUCUCUCUCACAGAUAGGCCUGCAACAUGGCGCCGCAGCAAAGACUGAGAUCGAACGGGGUCUGAGAUUCUACGGAGUCUUUUUCCAAAAAACAGCCCAGUUCUCAUGGGCCCAAGUGUGUGAUACGGCUGCCAAGUUUGAGCCGUUGCUGUCGAGCCAUUGGCCAGAUUACUGCACGGAGAUGAAAGGUGUCGCCAAGGGUGCAGAUGUGCCCUACCUCUCCAUCUUAGCCCUGAAUGUGCGCACUGAGAUUGCAUUUGGAUUGGCCAGAGACGGCUGCACAGCUGUCUUCUGGAAGACCGAGACGUCUUGCUUCCUCGCUCAGAAUUGGGACUGGCAGGAGGAGCAACAAAUGAAUCUCAUCAACCUCAAUAUCAGCCAGGAAGGAAAGCCAGCUAUCAGCAUGAUCACGGAAGCUGGCAUAAUUGGGAAGAUUGGCCUGAACUCCAGGGGUGUUGGUGUCUGUCUGAACGCUAUCCGGGCUCAGGGUGUUGAUUUCCAAAAACUACCUUGCCAUCUAGCCCUGAGGACGUGUUUAGAAAGUACUUCCACUGAAGAAGCCGUGGUAGCAUUAAAAAAAGCGGGCGUGGCAAGUUCUUCACAUCUCUUGGUGGCAGAUUCAGAAUCGGCGAUCGGGCUCGAGUGCAGUCACCUUGCUAUAGUGGAAUUGACAAUGGAACAAGGAAUUAUCACGCACACAAACCAUUACAUCAAGCCGCACCAGGGCGUGGAAGAUCUCAUGGCGCUGAAGGACUCACCAACAAGAUUUGAACGCAUCGACCAGCUUGUGCGCGAGCAGAAAGAAAGGCUUCAGGAGACUGGGACUCUGAAAUUGGAAGACAUUCGAUCAAUGCUCAAAGACGAAGAAAACUUUCCUACAGCAAUUUGUCGAUCAAAGACCAACGAUAGCUCAAUCACGACUUUAUUUAGCAUCGCAAUGGACCUGAAAAACCGGAGGGCGGAAGUUGUGACAGGGAAACCCUCUUCAGAGGCAGCAAUGUUGUAUCUGGUGCCUAGGGAGUAG